AUGGAAUCAGAUCAUCUGAAGUAUCAUGGGAGAUGCAAGGAGUUUGAGAACGGCUGCACGUGGAUAAUUCGUAUCACACUUCGGCAGCGUAAGGAUAAUUGGGAGGUUGGAAGGUACAAUGGAACUCACACUUGCUUGGCUACUUCGAUUUCGAGUGACCACCAACAGCUCGAUCACCACGUUAUUUGUGCGAGGAUCUUUUCGUUGGUUAGGGCAGAUGCAAUGGUUAGGAUAAAGGUGUUGCAAGAAGCCACGGAGGCAACCUAUGGAUUCAGGCCUAGUUAUAAGAAGGUGUGGAUGGCAAAACAGAAGGCAGUUGCACAGAUCUACAGGGAUUGGGAAGAGUCAUAUGCCGAGUUGCCCCGUAAUCAGGUUGAUGAGUCUACGGAGUACUUUCAUCGUCUUUUCUGGACAUUCCCUCCAUGCAUUGAGGCAUUUAGACAUUGCAAGCCACUAGUAAGCAUUGACGAGACUCAUUUAUAUGGGAAGUGUGGUGGGACUUUGCUUCUGGCUAUCGCGCAAGAUGGAAACUCGAAUAUCUUGUAUGUUGCCUUUGCACUUGUGGAAGGGGAGAAUGCAGAGCCCUUGACUUUUUUCUUCUCCCACUUGCGUCAACAUGUGACUCCACAAGAAGGCAUUCUUGUGAUAUAUGCGUAUAUGCAUACGGUGUCCUCAGUAGCAUCAUCCGGCAUCACCCUGAAUCUCUCAUGGAACCAGGUGAAGUAG